GUACACUUGGACAUUGACCAGGUCAGUCAGUUGUGAGACUAUGGCGAAGCAUUGGAGUGUUACCACUUUUGCAGCACUAGCUCUGCUAUGCGGCCUAGUUGGGAAAGAUGUAGAAGCUCAGGGCUAUGAUCACUGGAUGUCCAAGGGUGGUCCGUCAAAGUAUCCACCAACCAAGCCAAUGGACCCUCAGUUUGUUUCACCACCGGUGAUGCCUUCAUAUCCGCAACAAUACGUUCCACCACCAUCAAACCCUCAGGUCUAUGUGCCUCAUCCUCAGACGCCUCAAGUUUACCACCCGCCUCAAGACCCGCAAAAGUAUAACACUGGCUAUGAUAAGGGACACAAGAUGCCUGGAAACCCUCCUGUCCAACAGAAUCCUCAUCCUUACCACCCGCAUUAUGAUCCACAAAAGCUCGACCAUGAUUUCGGUACCAAAACACCUGGAAACCCUCCUGUCCCUCAGAAGAUUCCACCACCAUCAAACCCUCAGGUCUAUGUGCCUCAUCCUCAGACUCCUCAAGUUUACCACCCUCCUCAGGACCCGCAAAAGACCUACACUGGCCAUGGUGGUCAAAAGGUGCCUGGAAACCCUCCUGUCCCACAGAAUCCCAAGAUUCCACCACCAUCAAACCCCCAGGUCUAUGUGCCUCCUCCUCAGAACCCUCAAGUUUACCACCCGCCUCAGGACCCGCAAAAGACCUACACUGGCCAUGGUGGUCAAAAGGUGCCUGGAAACCCUCCUGUCCCACAGAAUCCCAAGAUUCCACCACCAUCAAACCCUCAGGUCUAUGUGCCUCCUCCACAGAACCCUCAAAUUUACCACCCACCUCACGACUCUAAAAAGUUGAGCCAUGAUAUGGGUUCCCAAAAAACUCAGAACCCUCAAGUCCCUCAGAACCCUCAAGUCCCUCAGAACCCUCAAGUCCCUCAGAACCCUCAAGUUCCUCAGAAUCCUAAAGUCCCGCAGAACCCUCAAGUCCCUCAGAACCCUCAAGUCCCUGAGAGUCCCAAGGUGCCUCAUGGUCAUAACACGAAGCACCCCUCCAAGAAUCCCCAGAUCCCUGCAACGCCUCCUGUUAAGAGCUGUGACGUGGAUAGUCAUGUGAGAGUCCCAUGUGGAAUUCAUGAUAUUUCUGCCGCUGGAUGUGAGGCCAUAGACUGCUGCUUUGAUGGUCAUCAGUGCUACUUUGGAAAAGGAGUGACAGUCCAGUGCACCAAGGAUGCACACUUCAUCGUUGUAGUGGCCAGAGAGGUCACUUUACCUAACAUUGACCUUGAGACAAUCUCACUGUUGGGACAUGGCCAAAGCUGUACACAUGUUGACUCUAAUUCAGCUUUUGCCAUCUACUACUUUGGCGUAACUGACUGUGGCUCUGUUGUCAUGGAGGAACCAGGUGCUAUAUAUUAUGAGAACAGGAUGACCUCCUCCUAUGAAGUCGGGGUUGGGCCUCUUGGAGCCAUUACUAGGGACAGCAGCUAUGAGUUGCUUUUCCAGUGCAAAUACAUUGGCACCGCUGUUGAAACUUUGGUUGUGGAAGUCUUACCAUUGGACAAUCCUCCUCUGCCAGUUGCUGCUUUAGGACCCAUCCAUGUCCACCUGAGGAUAGCCAAUGGCAUAUGCAGCACAAAGGGUUGUAAUGAAGUGGAUGCAGCCUACACAUCUUACUAUGUGGAUUCUGAUUAUCCUGUGACUAAAGUGCUCAGGGAUCCUGUGUACGUGGAGGUUCAACUCCUUGAAAAGACAGAUCCAUCACUGGUUCUGACUCUAGGUCACUGUUGGGCAACCACAAGUCCCAGUCCUCAUAGUCUGCCCCAGUGGGACAUUCUGAUUGACGGAUGUCCAUACAGAGAUGAUCGUUACUUGUCAUCACUGGUUCCAGUGGGUCAGUCUUCUGGUCUAGACUUCCCAACUCACUACAGGCGUUUCCUCUUCAAAAUGUUCACCUUUGUGGAUCCCCAUUCAAUGGAACCUCUGAAGGAACAUGUGUACAUUCAUUGCAGCACAGAUGUGUGUGUUCCAGGACCCAAUGCCAGUUGUGAACCACACUGCGCCAGGAGAAAGAGAGAUACAGACGCUGCAGAGGCAAAGAGGGUUGAACCAAAGGUUGUGGUUUCUUCUGGGGAAGUCAUCAUGACUGCUGCAGCUAAAGAGUAAACAGAGGAAGCUCAAGAAGUCUACAGAGAUCAAAGAUAAAAACAUUCAAAAUAAAACAAAAUUAAACAAAACAAGAAAAGAGCUGAAUUAAAUAAAAUGUCUACAUGUGUGAAAAUUUUCAGAAAGUUUCUUCAAGUACUGUGGUCAGUUUUUACCAGUAACACCUUUACAAUCAAGGUGAUGAGUUGGUGCUACAAAUCAACGUGCUGACUUAACAGCAUCCUUGAGGUAGUAAUAAUCGUAUUGCUUUGUUUACAGGGUAAACAGAAUCUUACAAAGGUCUUACAGUAUGAUUAAACUCUGUGCAAUACAACAAACUACAACAUAAAUAAUAAUAAUAUAUUCAAGUCUAAUCUGGUCUCAUUUUCAAAGGGAUAUCUGAUUUAAAAUGUUCAAGCAUUUGAAGUUAAGUAUGUAAAACCCUGGACUUAAUUGGCUACUUUACCCACUGUAGCUCCAUUAGAGAGAAAUCAGGGAUACCCCAAGUUGUAAGAACGUGUGUUCAAAACCCACAGUAGAAAAACACAUUAAUUAAAACUGUACAAAUUACUUAAUUUUGUAAAAUCAUCUACUUCUAAUAAAAACGGACUGUUGACAUUUAUACUGAACUUUGUCUGUAAAGAUGUUUCCAUAUACAUAAUUAAAAGAUGUGACUA